UGGUGGAAAAAGUACCUGUCAUAGUUGAGUAAAAGUAAAGAUACCUUAAUAGAAAAUGUGUGAAGUAAAAGUCACAAGUACUUUACACAACUGCUGUACAUCAUGUCGGUUUAUGACAGGGGAAAAAACACUCAGUGGGUUAACUCCAUGAGGGUUUUAAAUCAUCGUUCUCAGAUUAAAGUGGGUUAACUCCAUGAGGGUUUUAAAUCAUAGUUCUCAGAUUAAAGUGGGUUAACUCCAUGAGUGUUUUAAAUCAUAGUUCUCAGAUUAAAGUGGGUUAACUCCAUGAGUGUUUUAAAUCAUAGUUCUCAGAUUAAAGUGGGUUAACUCCAUGAGUGUUUUAAAUCAUAGUUCUCAGAUUAGUGGGUUAAAAACACAAGUGUUUUAAAUCAUAGUUCUCAGCUUUAAAGCUGCAAUAUGUCAUUUUUGGGGGGUGUCUGUGUAUUGUCUUGACUGCUUUCAAUAAUUGUGUGUGCGGGUGGUAUGACUGUCUGAUGUGCUUACGUCAGAGAGAGAUCUUUUCAUAUAUUCUCUAGUCUGCAACUCAAACUGUGUUAGAAAGACUCAUUUUUACACGAUGGCAGCUUUUUGAUCUGUUGACUUCUUCAGAGUUUUUACUGCUGAGGGUGAUUAACACUGUGUGUAUGUUCUGCAGCAAGCACGUAAGCCCUAUGAUGUGCGAGACGUGAUCGAGCAGUAUUCCCAAGGACACCUGAAUCUCAUGGUGCGCAUCAAGGAGCUACAGAGGAGAUUGGACCAGUCUCUAGGGAAGCUGACCCUGUUCCAGACUAGCUCAGACAAAGCCAAAGACAAAGGCAACAACACCAUCGGCUCCAGGCUCAACAGGAUGGAAGACAAGAUACAACGCAUGGACCAGACACUCAACCAAAUCGCAGAGUCCCUUACCCAGCUGUUGUCUGUGACAAGCCAGGGGCAGGGGGACAUGGGGGGAGCACAGGGGCAAGGUAGGAGGAGGUCACAGGGUGGGGCAGGUGUCCCCAGCCAGGAUAGCCUACCCAGCUACGAGCAGCUCUCCACCGCGACCCUCCAUCCACCCCUCAACCCCAGCCUCAGCCAAGACAAGAGCUCCUGAAUCGACCAUCUAUCCACCCCUCAACCCCAGCCUCAGCCAGGACAAGAGCUCCUGAAUCAACCGUCCCCAUCCACCCCUCAACCCCAGCCUCAGCCAGGACAAGAGCUCUUGAAUCGACCAUCCAUCCACCCCUCAACCCCAGCCAGGACAAGAGCUCCUGAAUCGACCCUCCAUCCACCCCUCAACCCCAGCCAGGACAAGAGCUCCUGAAUC